AUGGUGCUGCGGCCCGAAAAGAGGGUAGGAGGGUGGUCUCUGACUGCGCUCACCGGCCUCCCGGCGCGGUCGAGGCGCGUCGUGUUGCCCAUUGCGGCCUGGCCCGUGUUCAAACACUCGCCACAAUCUAAACGGGUGCAACUCGUCGCUGGCAAGUCUCCCCACCUAUGUGCCUCAGGCAAUCCCAUUCAACCCCUUAGGGGUUUGGCUGGCCACAUAGAUCCCUUCACUUUCACAGCUCCUGCACCCCAUCCCGCAUCCAGUCCCGCACUCAGUCCCGCACACGAAUUCCGCGGUCGUUCACGCACAUGGUCGCCAACUCGCGCUGUACUCCACCUCCAUCUGGCCCCACACCACCUCAACCCUAGCAUCUCCCACCUCGGCCUCAUUGGUCACUUCAACCUCCUCUCUGUCGGCCCCCACUUCCUCCGAGAUAUGAAUGAGCCUGCUUUCCGGGCAAUACCGCGGGAGGGUGUGGAGGGAGUGAGCAGGCUUGCUAAGAUCACCCCCGACCACCUGAAUUGGGAAAAGGACUGGGAGUCAAUCGAGAAGCUCGUGGAGCCAAUUCUCCAGAAGCACCAGGCGAAGUACGAGCAGCUGGAGCAGUCGGGUUCGACACAUCGGGAUAAGCAUCUAGCGAACCGCGAUGCAACGCGGGGCCGCACCACCCUCAAGUUGCUGCAGGAGAGAGAGCUACACUCGUACCAGCUGAGCAGCUCCGAGCCCGGAAGGGCUUCGCCCGGCAUUGCCCACCUACUGGCGUACGCGAUAGAGAAGGACGCGUCGGCUGGCCCCAGGAGCAGCACAAGUCCGCGUCCCUUUGACGAUGUGCGGCAAGAGCUCGACGACAUUAUCUCGGUUCGUAUCGAAGAUGAAGUGUACACAGCGCAGCAGAACCUCGAGGACCACGUCCGGGACGCCAUCAUGGAGGCGACGGACCAGGUCGAGGAGAAGGUUGUGGAGCGGCUAAGCUCCGCCAGUGUUUGCAUCUUGUUUGGAUAA